UCUACUCUGCUUUUGCUUCUGUAGUUCUUCCUCCUCCGCUUCUGUUCCCUUCCAGAAUCGAAGAGAUGAGAUCAAUCUCAAUCCGUCUCCGCCUCCGUCUCCUACUGCGCAAUCCGUGUCAGUCUUCCAGUACCAACUCCACCGCAGCUCCGAUAAAUACUAGUAGCGGUAGUGUUAGAUCCCAUCGAGAUGUCAGACGACGGUUUUCUUGAAUCUUUGUUCGGCAAGUUCUAUCACGACGAGUCCCUGCGUCCUCCGCCGGAAAGCGGCGAUGGGGAAGCCGAGGAUGAUUCCUGGGACUGGCAUGAAGCCCUCGUCGACAACGCCGCCUACAUGAUCUACGAGCGUAACCACACCACUGCCCAGUGUCCCGUCUCCAGGAAAGUAAGGGGCGGCGGUGUCAAGCAGGAUUUUCUGCAGGUCACUUUCUGCCUCUCCCAACCACCUCAUAUUUCAUACUUCUGCAUGUCCUACACAAGCAGGGACCCCAGCCAGUUCCGCUGCGAGCCUACCAUCUUCGCAACGGAGGGUAACCUCGCCGUCAUCGGCCUGAUACACAACUGGACCCUGCAGAACUCCCCAAGCUGCGUCUAUUUCGUUUACCGCGCCCCAAUCCUUGGCAGUCAGUUUCCUCAGCUCACACUGCUUCCGCACCCCCCCAGCGAGGUGUUUCCGGAGCAGUAUGAAUCUGAAUGCCAAUUGGGUCAUAACGAAAUUGGCAUCCUGCGCUACCGGUCCAAUAGCGCCAGCAAGCAUCUCCCUUUCACACCGCCCACCCCCACCCUCUCUCACAACCCUGCCCCCGCCCUUUCCCGCCGUCGCAAAUCCCACACCACCGGCGACGACUAUGAUGCCUACAAGAUCGCAACGCUUUGCUAUUAUGGUACUAAUCAGUACGUUCUCUACAUCUACGAUUCCGUCGCUGACGCUUGGAGCCGCACACCCACGGCCUUUCCACGGCCGCAGGACGCUCCCCCCGAGCAUCUCUGCAACAGGGUCAUCACCGUAGGAGGCGCCAUGGGCUGGGUCGACCUCUGGCAUGGCAUACUCCUUUGUGACGUGCAUGUCCCCUCUCCUGCUGAGGAGGAGGAAUCCCCCGGCCCUAGGCUGCUCCACUACGUACCGCUGCCGGAGCCAAUGCAGCCGGACAACGACCUCCGUCUUCAUGGCUUCUCCUCCUUCUUCCGGGACAUCGCCGUGGUGAAUGGUCGGAUCAAGUUCGUCGACCUUCAGCUCCAUGCCAGCCCGGGCUCGCGCACCCCGAAUGGUUGGACGGCCGUCACAUGGAGCAUGGCGCCUGGUGAUUCGGGUUUCAGCAAGGACGGAGAACUUAAUUCCUGUGAUUUGGUCAACCCCAUGGAGCCGUCCCUGUUUGUUGCUCACCCCACGCUCAGCUCCCAUCAUGAUGGUGUUCUCUACCUGAUGACCAAGGCCAGCAUGGAUGAUAGUGUGUCACAGGUGAUUGCUGUUAACAUGAAGAACAAGGAGAUAGAGCGAACCGCAAAAUACACCACACACAGAGAAGCUUGUAUGGACUUUGCGUACACGCGCGCAAUCAUCUCUAACUUUCUCGCUCCAGAUUCGAAGGGCACCACAAAGCGACCAGGGUCGGUGUUGCAGGGAUCCUUUCGGAAGAAGCUGCCUGUGAUCAAUCCCAGCACCCAUCUUCCUACGAUGGGUGAUGAAGGGGAUGCUAUGGACUUGGAAUGAUGUUGGGUUAACAUGGUCACCGUUGUCAGGGGUUAUUUGCAAUUCUUUUCAUGGCCAAUUGAGUAUGUUGGAUAUUAGGACACAAUUAAUAGUUUCAAACUUUGCUGGGAUGCCUGUUUGCCCAAUCUAUGAUCAUUGGUUCUGCAAUGUAAUGCUAUAUACAUCUACUAGGUUAAUUAUUUGCCUGCUUAUUCAUCUA